CUCGUCGGGACCAUACUAUUUCCAGGAACAGAAUGCGAAGGCAGGGCGGAAGUCACCGUUGCCUAGGAAGAGCAGAAACAGGCGGAGGAGGUGGCCGUGCGGAGAAGAUGGCGGCGCGGUGCCUGCUUUCGAGGUUUUGGGGCCCGCUGCUGCUCUGGGCGGCGACGCUGGGCGGCGGAGAGGCGCUGGGCUCCUUGAACCUGCUGGAGCUCAGCGAGCUGAAAUACGGCAUUGAGAUCGGGGCCGAGCCAGUGUUGGCUGGGCAGAGUAAAUCAGCUGAUGUGGUGACCAUCUCCUCAAAAUACAAGCAAAAAUAUGAGUGCCGGCUGCCUGCUGCAGCUGUGAAGAUACAUCAGGACAAAGAGGAAGAUCCACAGAGCUAUACUGGCUUGGGAAUCUCAGAACUGCUGAAGCCAAUGGAAGCUGCCCCUUGCCUUAUCAAGACUAAGGACUGGUGGACCUACGAGUUUUGCUACGGGAAGCACAUCCAGCAAUAUCACAUGGAAGAAUCUGAAAUCAAGGGUGAUAUCCUGUACCUUGGAUAUUACCAGUCUGCAUUUGACUGGGACAAUGAAACUGCAAAGGCUUCUAAGCAACACAAACUGAAGCGUUAUCACAGCCAGACCUAUGUAAAUGGUUCCAAGUGUAACCUGAAUGGGAAGCCCAGGGAGGCUGAAGUCAGGUUCCUGUGUGAGGAAGGUGCAGGUGACUACAUUGCCCGUGUAGAUGAACCUCAGUCCUGCUCCUACGUGCUGACCGUCCACACCACCCGCAUCUGCCAUCACCCAUUCCUGCGGCCUCCAUCAACCGCCACCCCUCAGACCAUCCGCUGCCAUCCAGCUUUGAGCCCAGCUGAGUAUGUAGAAUAUGUCAAGGCUCAAGUGUCUGACACAAAGCGCAAAGUGGAGGAGAUCUCUGAAGAGCUGAACACAUUAGGCACACGACUGUGGAAUGAGCCAGACCGUAACUCUGCUGUUCAGGAUGCAGAUGGAAAUGCUCCUUCUCCCCCUCCUGAGACUAAACAAGACGAUGACACCAAUUUCUGGGAGGGAGUAAUGCGUGGAGAUGGGAAAGCAUCCCAGAUGCCAAAAGACACAAAGGAGGAAGAAUCAAUCCUAAACACAGAAGAAAGUCAUCUGGCAGAUUUCAAGAAAAAAAUACACUUUAAAAUUAUCCGGAAUCCUGGAGAUCUGGUUCAGUUCAUUCACGAUUUGAAGGAGAGCGCCAGGAAGAAUAAGGAGAAGACUAGUGAAUCAGAAGCAAGUGCACAAGAUACCUCACCCAAAAAAGAGCCAAAAGGAGAAAGGGAGAAGCCUAAUGAAGGAGCCCAGGAAGAGGAGGAGGAGGAUGAAGAAGAACUGCUGGGGAAGUUCGAGAAGGAGCUGGAAGACAUCCUGCUACAAAAAUCUGAAAUGGCCGAACUAAAGGAAGAGGUGAAAUCUGAGAUGGAGAAGGAGUUUGAUCACAUCAUUAAUGAGGUGAAAGAUGAGCUAGAAACAGAAGGCCUGAAAGGAGAGUUUGAUCGAAAACAAGCCUCUAAGUCUUUGGCAUCAACCCUCAACAAGCUUAUUGACAAGCUGGAUUCAGGCAAAGCCCCAAAUAAAGGAGAUAAAGAGCAAGAGCAGAAACCAGAAGAAGAUGAAGAGGAGGAGGAAACACCACUGGAUGGAGGAGAUUCUGCUAAAGAAGAUGCAGCCAGGGCAGCCAGUGAUGGCAACGCGGACGGGCGCGUGAAAGUCAGGGUCACUAAAGUCAAGCCAGGUAGCGCUCGACAGAAGGAGCUGCGAGUCCAAGAGAUGAGCAGGGACAACCCGCAGCUGCGCCACAUAGAGAGUGUGGUUAAGGACCUGUUGGAGAAGGAAGGCCUGAAGGCAGAAGGUAAAAUUGAAAUCAAGAUAGUGACGACAGGUGGCUUGGGGGAUGACGAUGACACUCACUGGCUGUCAGAAGAGGACACCAAGAACCUCAAGGAUAUUUUCUUCAACAUUUUGAUCCAGGGUACAGAGGAAGCUCACAAGGAACAGCGGCGCCAGCGUCAGCUGGAAGACAACUACCGUUUUGUGUGGAGACGCAACCAGGAGGAUCUACCAACUACUGGUGGCACGGAUUCAGAUGAAUUGGAUUUCUGAACCUCACUGGUCAAUAGGACUUUGCCAACCAUGGCUGCUCCCAAGGAGGAUCGAUAAUUUUCCACAGUGAUCAGAAUUCCACUUGAAUGCUCACAAAGCAAGCAGCCAGUUCAAGGGGCAUCUUGGCUCUCAGGUGCAAAAUAUCUUCUUUAGACUGACAGUUGUCAUGCCAAGUUUUGCUAAGGCAUCUUCACCACCUUUCUUCAUCAUGUCACAAAGAUGUCUGUCGGCUGUCUCCAAUAGUACUGUGGCCUUUUUUCAGAGCCUAAACUUUUGUGCCCUCCAGUGCCGAGCUAUUGGCUGCAUCCUCCAGCUCCCAGCCAGCUAUGCUUGGCUGGAAGAGGAGAAAAGCCAGGGUGCCCCCUGCCCCAGUGGAAGUUAAGGGCAGAUCCAAUUCUCCUAACCUGAGACUGUUAAUCCCCACCCUGCUCCAGAGUCCCUACCAAAAAGCUCUUCAAUUCAGUGAAUGGUGAAAUCAGGGUAAAGAACCUUUGUUUCUUAAUGCCUUGUAUAUUUGGAUAAAUUCUUACCUCUUCACCCCACCCCACCCUGGUCUGGUUUGUGUAAAUGGUGUCACCUGUGUGCCUUGAAAUGUCAAACUGAAAGGAGAGGACUAGUAUCGUUAUUUUGUUUAGGCCUCUUCUCAAAUCCUCUCCCCUUUUUGGCUUUCUGUCUGAAAGUUCAUGAAUUGAGCACAAAUAAGCUCCAUGUUGUACUGGCAUUCUUUGUGACCAACUUCUCUGAUGCUGCUCCAAGGUCAUGUGUAAGCUGGUGGUUUGAGCUCUCAAGCCCAGCAAAGAGAAUGCAGAAUGAUGUGGAAGAAAGGUAUUGUGUACUGCUUUCCCUUGUUACAUUGUUUCAUCUCUGCUAGGGCUCUAGGAAUAGAACAUGAACUGAGUAAAAAAAAAAUAGUCCAGCCUCUUCAAAGGAGCCCUACAGACAGGGGUAGCUGUUCCUUCUGUGAAAACUCAAGCCACAAACCUGGCUGGAAACUCUUUCAGUAAGAUGAUGAAUCCAGGUCAAACACAGAACAAUCAAAACUACUUAAUGGGUGACUGGAAAGAAGGAAUUGCUCCCCCAGGAAAGAGGUGAGGCUGGAAGAAUCCAGCCAUCUCUCUUGGCACAUCAAGGACUAUUCACAACUUCUCUUUUCUAUCAAUAAAUCCAGAUCACCCAAGCCUUGAAUUUGGAAAUUUGUUUUCUUGGUUGUUUCAGGGAAAAGACUUCUGAGCAGGGCAAUGAAUCAUCUAUGUAUUGAAAAAUCUUGUUCUGACCCACUUAAUAGUGUUCAUGAAUGCAAAUUUUUUGGAACAUUUAACUACAAUACAUUUAAAAUAAGCAAUACUGUUCUGUACUGCAGGGUUAUCACAUUCAGAAACGCUGACACAGUGAAGAAAAGCAGGAGGAGCUUCCUUGCUGAGUGAAACUUUAUAAUUGCAUGGACUGUGAAAAGACCUUCACAUAUAGUCGCAUAAUCUUGAUAAACGUAAUAGAAUUCACAUUGAAGAGAAUGAUGGUAAUGAAUGCGAUUUCCUGCUUCUUGGCAGGGGGUUGGACUGGAUGUCCCAUGAGGUCUCUUCCAACUCUACUAUUCUAUGAUUCUAUGAAGCCAUAUCUGCUCUGAGCCCAGUGCUUGUUUGACAGCUUAUUUUCUGCCUCUCAGGCCAAUGUUGGAUAUUGGAUUCACCACUGUUCAUGUUGGCUAGGGCUGGUAGAAGUUGUUGUCAAGCGUUCACAAUGUGCUCAUCUAGUUACCUGCAAUCCUUUCCAUUAUAACUGGGUGAGAAUCAUUCUUGCCUCUUCAUAUUGAUAACAGUAAUUCCAGACCUCCUUUACCAGCACAGUCAAUGGUAAGUAAUGCUAGAAAUGGCAUUUCAGCAAUAUUUGGAGGACCACAUCACCCCUCUCUCCUUGUACUAGAUGAAAAGGAGUAGUAAUUCUUCAGACGUUCCCUGACCUUCCUUGCUUCUUUUGAAACAAAGCAUCCAGUGACUCUGAUCUUCAAAUGCUCACUGCCUUCUUUGCGGCUGAGAAAUUCAGAUGAUGAACAGGAAACUGUUAAUUUGUGUUUUAACCUUUACUCCUUCAAAAGAGUAUAUGUGGUCCAGUAUAUACAUGAAAUGUGGGGGCUGCAUGAAUAAGUAGGCAGAAUACAGGCUCAUUCAAUAAUAAUGCUGUUUCAGCUGGCAAAGGUUGCAUGUCCAUUUGUUGUGUGCCUUCAAAUCAUUUCUGACUCAUGGCGACCCUAUCACUCGGGCUGAGAAUGUGCGACUUUUCCAGGGUUACCAGUGGAUUCUCAUGGCCAAACAGAUUUGAAUCCUGGUCUCCAGAAUCAUAGUCCAACCCUCAAAUCACUAUGCCAUGAAUAUCAAUUUGUGUCUGCUAAUGUUUUAAACCUUUUCUAUACAAUCAUCAAAGCUGAAGUAGUACCAAGUUCUUUUUAACUUUGCCAAGCAAAUAUAGAAAAAUAUGGAAGUUGUGAAUACACAUACACAAUCAAUCAUUGCUUAUUUUCAUGUAUGUUCAACUUCUCAAUUGCAAUCUAUUGCUUGCUCUGCCUCUUAGCCCUUGGGCAGAGCAAGCAUUGCCAGAAGGAGGACAUUUGGGACUAGAAGGAGAAGCUCCUCUGAGAACAUUGCAAUCUCAUUUGAAAUUUGGUGUGUGUCUUAAAACUGAUAUUCAGAUUUUUCCAGAGGUUGUGAAACAGGAUGACAAAACAUUGAAGAAAUCUUGCUCACUAUUUAUGGAAAUUCAAAGAAAGGAAUAUAUGAGGGAAGAAAGGAAAGAAGAAAAAAGCUGGAAGCCAGUUUUCUGGGAAUACCUGAACUAAAUUGCUUAAAGAGGAUUCGAGACGGCUCCUGUAUUGGUGUUGGGAUCGGCAUAUUGUUCAUAUUGCUGUGUGCUAUAUUGAAGGUGUUGGGAUCAGCAUAUUGUUCAUAUUGCUGUGUGCUAUAUUGAAGGUGUUGCCAUUUCCUAUUAUUUCUACAUAUUGCACUAUAUGUCUGGUACUACCACUUUUUUGCAGCAAAAAAAAAAUCAAAAUAUUGCCUUUUAAGGAUCUCAGUGUACACUGUUGUUGCAGUGCCCUUUCUCUUCAUUAUUCCUGCCCGCAUUGCAACUUGGUCCAGUGCAGAAUUGCUAGAGCCUCCAGAUGGCGUAGUGGACUAAGUGACUUGAAGGUUGGGUUGCUGACCUGAAAGCUGCCAGGUUUGAAUCCCACCCGGGGAGAGUGUGGAUGAGCUCCCUCUAUCAGCUCCAGUUCCAUGCGGGGACAUGAGAGAAGCCUCCCACAAGGAUGGUAAAAACAUUUUUAAAAAUCCGGGCGUCCCCUGCAGACGGUCAAUUCUCUCACUCCAGAAGCGACUCGAGUUGCUCCUGACAUGAAAAAAAGUGCAGAAUUGCUUGUAAAUCAUUAGCAUAGGCUCCAAGGAAGAGUUGAAGGAGGAAGCCGAGAACCGUUUAGAUUCCAUUUUUAACUGGGAUAAAGUACUGUUGUUUAGAAAUCCUGUGUUUACCCAGAAAUUCAUUAUCAUAAUCUUCCUCAAUUCAGUUCUUUCUACAUGCAUCAGGUUCUUUGUAGCCUAGCAAUUCUGGAUUACACCAGAAUGGGGAAGGCUUAUCCAUGCCAUUGCUGAGAAAUGAAUAAUAAUCCCACCCCAUCCCCAAGUGUUUCCCCGAGAUCUUCCAUAGCAGAAAUGCUGGGGAACAGACAUUCUUCCUGAUCUUAUUAGACUGCAAUUGCCAUCAUUGUUGACCAUUGGAUAUGCUGUCUAGAGUAGAGAUUUAAGUUUUAGUUGCACCUGGACAACCACAAGUGGCCUGACCCAACGUUAAUUAGAGCAACAGCCUGGAAGUCCAAGAAGUUGGCACUUGCUUCCCAAUUUCUUAAGAGUUUCUUGACUCAUUCUGAUCCAUCCACCUGUUUUGUGAUUCUCAGAAAGUGCAGGACAAAAAGGCGGUACUGUAUGUGUGCCUCCUUCAAAUGCCCUUGCUACAAUAGUCCUCAUCCCUGGGGGUUUUACUGGCUUCCAGUUCCACCAUUUGCUGUAACUCUGUGUUGUUAGUCCACUGAAUCUGAUUGUUUUUCUCCUCUAUUAGAUUUUUCUGGUACACUGUGUCUUGAACUGUUUCCGUGUGAUCAUAACCACCAGACUUGAAUGUCUAUUUGAAGUUGGCUGGCUGGGACUAAAGUAGGGAUUCUCUUGAUAAUAGUACACAUUCUUCUGCUCAAACGUCUUCCCCCUUGAACUAUCCAGAAUGAUGUUGGAGUCUCCUGGGUUGUAGUAUGAAUCUCCAACGUUCAUUUUUAGACUAACUUAGGAAGAGUGGUUUAGUACUUCAUGUCUACUGGGUAUACUCUAGAUCUUUUUUUCCCGCCAGGAUGAGAUGAUACUGAUCUGGGUGGGGAGGGAUUUUCCAGUUUCACCUCUAGAGCACAUAAUGUCUUUCCAGCUGCAAAGGGUUUUGAAUAAGAAAGAUGACCAAGAUCCAUUUCCAUCUGGCUUCAGGAAAGCAAUGAGACAGAUAUGGCCUCUGUUGGAUAACUUAUGUUGGGAACAGAAUGGGAAGAAUAUUUCCUUCCAGUACAAUCAUUCUGUGCCAUCUGAGAUAGAGCUCGAGGUCACUGUUUUCUUCUGAUUCUUCUUGGAAGAGCAAACUCUGGAAUAUUGGUGCUGGAAUAUUCCAUUUUGUCUCUUUGGCAUUUGGCACAGCCCUCUGACUUGCUCUCUGCGUUGCUCAACAUGUAUGUGAAACCACUCAGAGAGCAUGGGUGCUGCUUGGAGUUUUGGGGACAUGACCCAACUAUAUUUUUCCCGAACACCUAAUUCCAUGGUAGCCAUUUCCAAUUUAAAUUGGUGUUUGUUGUCCCUACUGGACUGAAUGAGGGCAAACAAACUAAAAUUAAAUUGAAAUGAGACAUGGAGAACAGGGAUUCAAAUUGUGUUGAUGAUAUUACACUCCCACUGAAAUCUUUGCAGCUUAGUUAUAUUCCUGGACUGAGAUCUGAAUCUGUUUGCCUGGUUUUGGUGGUGGCCAGGAAUGCCUUUGCUAGUGCACUGACUGUGCCAUUUACUGGAAAUUUCUGACCUGCCCAAAGUGAUAUAUGGCUUAGUUUCCAUUUGGAUUACGUAUAAUGUGUUCUAUGACGAGCUGCCUUUGAAAAGUAUUCAGAAAGUUCACCUUGCUUAAAGAGAUAGCAACCAGAUUGUUAACUGUGAUGCGCAACAGGGAACAUAGAACUUGUUGCUGUUGCUCCAUUGGCUACUGUUCUGUUUCUGGUCACAAUCCCAACCACUGGUUGUGACAUAGUUUGGUUCCAGACUGUCUGAAGGGCCACAUCUUCCUAUUUGAACUUGUUUGUGCUAUGUAAUAGCUUCAGGGGAGACUGUCCUUAGUCUUACCACCUUUACAGGAGACGGUCUUGUCAGUGGCUGCUUCAGGGUUUUUGAACUCAGGAUAAGGUGGUUCUCAGCUUCCAUUAAGAAGUGGAAGUUUUUAGGCUUUUAAAAACUGCAAGGGCUUUAAAUAUUAUGUAAUUUACAGAUUCUGUGGAUUUAAUUCUAUGGACAUUUGAAUUGCAGUGUAGCAAUAACUUUUUCUUUAUGUUCACUUGAGCCUUUGUAUGUAUUUUUUUAACUGUAUUCUAGUUAAAUACAGUGAAAAGCACCUAAGCUGCUUGAAUUUGGUCUGGGCCUCCUAUCAAAUGAUAGAUAACUGGGUGCAGCACCACUAGCCAGACCUCCACAGACGACUUUGAGGCUUUCUAAAUUAACUGUGGGCUACUAUUAAUUAGUUGUGUCUAUAGAUUAAAUGCAGCUUGUGACCUAUUUUAUUUAUUUACAGCAUUUAUAUUCCGCCCUUCUCACCCCGAAGGGGACUCACACAUUGCACACAUAAAGGCAAACAUUCAAUGCCAUGACAUAGAACAGAGACAGAGACAAGACGCAGGCACCGGGCUGGCCUCAAACGCAUGACCUAGCUGUAACAUUGCUGUAAUCGGUAGCUGUGGAUGGUGCCAAGAAGGAGAUUGUCAUUGUUCAAAAUAAUCAUGUUCUGUUUGCUCUGCCUGAGUUGAGUUUACAGAUCAAUAAACCUGAUAGCCAGUGUGAAACCCUAUUCCAUAUCCUUGUAUGUUUGUUUGGCUUUGUUCAUGCACUGACGGAAAUGACGGUGUCCAUUUCUUAGAUGCCAGUCCUUUAUGGCUGGCUAAAGACAGCAGGGGCAACGCAAACACGCUCAGAGUCUAGUAUCCUCACACUUGACCACUCUUCUGAAGUGGCCAGGUCAUGCAGACUACCUGGAUGCUGCUAGAAAGACCAUAGCACCUAGAGAUUCCUAGAGAACACUUUAAUCAAAUUUGUGUAUAAUCAAAUUUGAAACAGGCAAACUGCAAAUGUGGAGUAAUGACUGUAUGUUUUUUUUUUAAAAAAAAACUCCUUCUCACCAUCUUCCUGUCAUUUCUUGGGCAUUUCAUCUUUCUUUGCUUGUUUGUGUUGGUUGGGCAAUUCUUAUUUUAAUUAUGUUGUUAAAAUAAUUCUGGCACUUUUUCAUGUUCAUAUUUGCUCUGUUUCUAGCUACUUCCUGAUUAUGAUUUUUUUCUCUUUACUUCCCUCUUUAAAAAUGAAUAAAAUGACUGUGCAAUUCUC